CAUACUUAUGAAAUCUGGUAUAUAUUUUGAUGAAUUAAAUAAAAUUCGUGUAAUUGAUCCAAAAUUAGCUGAUCAAUCCACAAAACUGAAAGAUGAAUGUAAAAAUUUUAUUGAAAAACUUGAUAAUUUUCAAACACUAACUGAUAAGUUUAUUAAAAUUAUGGAUAGUUUGGCAUCUGAAGUUGAAAAUGAAAAAUUAUGUGCCAUAGGGCGACGAAAUAUGGUUCAAUCAAUGACCAAACAAAAUGAAUUGGAAAAAAAUCAAUUACAGGCAUUGCUAAUGGAAAAAUCAUUGGAAUUGGAAAGAUUACGUAUUGAACAUCAUUCAAUGCAAAAAACAAUGUCGGAACAGCAAGAUGUAUUGGAUCGAUUAACCUAUUAUAGUUAAAAAACAAAAACCACAAUAUUCUUGAUUUCAUUAAUUUAAUUUUAUAUAUAAAACU